UUAAAAAGAUCUUCUGCAGAAGAAGCAUUUAUUGCUCUGACUAAAGCUCUAGAAACAAACCCUUUACUACUAAGUGAACUGAAUCUGAAUGAGAAAAUACAAGGAGACUCAGCAGUGAAGCAGCUCUCUGAUCUACUAGAGGAUUCACACUGCAGAACCAAGAAACUUAAGCUGAAAAACAACAACAUUUCAGAGAAAGGCUGUGCUGCUCUAUCAACAGCCCUUUGUUCAAAUCCUUCACACCUGAUAGAGCUGGAUCUGAGUGAGAAUAAACUGUUGACUGCAGGAGUGAUGCAGUUCAAUGCUGUGUUAAAGAAUCCUCAAUGUCAACUUCAGAAACUCAAUCUUUCAGACUGUAGUGUAAUGGGGGAAGGAUAUGCUGCUCUGGCUUCAGCACUGAAAUCAAACUCCUCAUCACACCUGAUAGAGUUAGAUCUCAGAGGGAACGAUCCUGGAGAGACAGGAGUAAAGGAACUUCAUAAUUUGCUGAUCAAUCCACAGCAUAAAUUGAGCACACUGAGGCUACUGAAAAGCUCUGCUGCAGAGGAUUUCUGUGCUUUUCUGACUGAAGCUCUAGGAACAAGCCCUUUACUUCUGACAGAGCUGAGUCUGAGUGAGAAAAUAAAAGGAGACUCAGCAGUGAAGCAGCUCUCUGAUCUACUGAAAGAUUUACACUGCAGAACUAAGAUACUUAGAAUGAAACACAGUGACAUUACAGAGGAAGGCUGUGCUGCUCUAUCAUCAGCUUUUUGUUCUAAUCCUUCACACCUGAUAGAGCUGGAUCUGAGUGAUAAUAAACUGGGCAAUUCUGGGUUGAAGGAGCUUCAUGAUCUAGUGAACAAUCAGUACUGUACACUGCAAAAACUGAGGUUGAGUAACUGCAGUAUAUCAGAGGACGGCUGUGCUGUUUUUUCUUCAGCUCUAAAAUCAAACCCCUCAUCACACCUGAAAGAGCUGGAUCUAAGUGGGAAUAGACUAGAAGAUAAAGGGGUGAAGUUGCUUUGUGAUGUAUUGAUGGCAUCUUACUGCACUUUAGAAAAGCUCAGUGUCAGUGAUAAUAACAUCACAAAGGAAGGAUAUGCUGCUCUGGCUUCAGCUCUGAAAUCAAACCCUUCAUCACACCUGGUAGAGCUGGAUCUCAGAGGGAACGAUCCAGGAGAAACAGGAGUGAAACUGAUCAAUGAUUUACAAAAGGAACCAAACUGUAAACUGAAGACACUAAAGUUGCUGAAAAGUCCUGAUGCAGAGAAAGCCUUUAAUGUUCUCGUUAAAGGUCUAGGAACAAACCCCUUACUGCUGACAGAGUUGGAUCUAAGUGAAAAAAUAUUCAAGGACAUUGGAAUGAAGCAGCUGUCUGCUCUACUGACAGAUUUCCACUGCAGACCUAAAAAACUUACGUUAAAGAGUUGCCGUAUUACAGAGAAAGCCUGUACUGAUCUAUCGGCAGCUCUUUGUUCAAAUCCUUCACACGUGAUGGAGCUGGAUCUGAGUGGAAAUAAAAUUGGUAACUGUGGAGUGAAGCAGCUUUGUGGUCUGCUGGAGAAUCCACAGUUCAAAUUGUCAAAAUUCCAGUUGUGUGAUUGUAACAUUACUGAUGAAGGCAGUGCGUCUCUGUGUUCAGCUCUGAAAUCAAACCCCUCAUCACAUCUAAAAGAUCUGGAACUGAGUAAUAAUAGACUAGGAGAUUCAGGUGUUAAGCACCUCAUUGAUUUCCUGCAGAAUUCAAACUGCAUACUAGAAAAACUGAAUCUCAGUUUUUGCUGCAUCUCUGAAGAAGGAUAUGCUGAUCUGGCUUCAGCUCUAAAAUCCUCAUCACACCUGAAAGAGCUGAAUCUCAGUGGUAACGACCCUGGAGAAAAAGGAGUAGAACUUCUUACUGCUCUGAUAGAGGAUCCAAAAUGUAGUUUGAAGAUACUAAGACUGUUAAAAACUGCUGCUGCACAGGUAGCUUGUGAUUAUCUGACUAAAAUUCUAGGAAAGAACCCGUUACUCCUUCCAGAGCUGGAUCUGAGUGGAAAAAUAAAAGGAGUUUUGGGAAUGAAGCAGCUCUCAGAUCUACUGGAAGAUUCACACUGCAGAACUGAAAAACUAAAGUUAAAUAACAAUGGUUUUACAGAAAAAGACUGUGCUGAUCUGGAAAAAGCUUUUCGCUUAAAUCCCUCACACCUGAAAGAAUUAGAUCUGAGUGGGAAUAAACUGGGAAACUCUGGAGUGAAGAAGAUUUCUGACAUACUGAAGAUGUCAGAGUGGAAACUGACAAAACUAAAUACCUCAGACUGUAGUGUAACAGAGGAAGGAUAUGCUGAUCUGGUUUCAGCUCUGAAAUCAAACUCAUCACUGGUAGAACUGGAUCUCAGAGACAAUGAUCCUGGAAAUACUGGAGUGAAGACAUUUACUGACUUACUGAAGGAACCAAACUGUAAACUGAAGACAGUGAGGUUUUUGAAGACUUCUGCUGCAGAGGAAGCCUGUGCUUCUCUUUCUGCAGAUCUGGGAGUGAAUCUCUUACUGCAGACAGAGCUGAACCUGAACAGGAAUCCAGCAGGACUUUCAGGAGAUUCCAGAAUGAAACAACUGUGUGAUUUACUGCAGGACACACACUGCAAACUGAGGAAACUCAAGAACAACGAUGAUGAUCUAACAGAAGAAAGCUGUUUUGCUUUAGCUUCAAUUCUCACCUUAUCCUCUCUGGUAGAACUUGACCUGAGCAAUAACAACCUGCAGGAUUCAGGAGUGAAAAAACUCUGCACGGCUCUGAAAGAUCCUCUGUGUAAACUGGAGACUCUGAGGCUUUCAUAUUGUUGUGUAAGGGAGGAUGGCUAUAAAGCUUUGGUUUCAGCUCUGAGCUCAAAUGCCUCUUCACGUUUAGUAGAGCUGGAUCUCAGAGCAAAUGAUCCCGGAGACAGAGGAGUGGAGCUGCUUGUUAACUUAUUUGUGAAACAGUGCAAUCAGAAAAAACUAAGGCUGCUGAAAAGUGAUGCUGCAGAGGAAGCCUACACUCAUCUUAAACGCAUUCUGGACGAAGACCCCUUAUUGCAGAGAAGGUUGGAUCUGAGUAAGAUUGAACCAAAUAUCAUAACAGUGAAGCAGAUGUCUGAUCUACUGGAGGAUCCACAUUGCAGACUGAGGAAACUCACGAUGUAUAAAGCUGGCAGUAUUAGAGAGACAGACUGUGCUGAUCUGAUUUCUGCUCUGAUUAUAAAUCCCUCACACCUGAUGGAGCUGAAUCUGAAUGAAAAUAAACUAGAUAUCAAAGGACUCCUAAUGCUCUGUGAUCUACUGAAGAUGUCUCACUGUAAACUGGAGAAACUAAGUCUCAGUGGUUGCUGUAUCUCAGAGGAAGGAUAUUCUGCUCUGGCUUCAGCUCUGAAAUCAAAUUCAUCAUCCUCCCUGAGAGAGUUGGAUCUCCGAGGAAACAACCCUGGAAACACAGGGGUGAAGCUGAUCACUGACCCAGACUGUAAACUAAAAAAUCUUAGGUUGUUAAAUAGCUCUGCUGCAGAAGAAGUCUGUGCUUCUCUGACUAAAGCUCUAGGAAUAAACCCCUUACUGCUGAGAGAUCUGGAUCUGAGUGGAAAAUUACAAGGAGAUUCAGGAAUCAAGCAACUCCCUGAUCUGCUGAAGGAUCCACACUGCAGAUCAGAGAAAAUAAAGCUGAAGGACAGCAAGAUUACAGAGAAAGAGUGUGCAGCUCUGUUAUCAGCUCUUUGUUCGAAUCCUUCACACCUGGUAGAGCUGGAUCUGAGUGGAAGUAAAGUAGGAAACUUUGGAGUGGAGACAAUUUCUCAGCUAUUAAAGAAUUCUAAAGGAAAAAUGAAAAAGCUAAAUCUCUCAGACUGCAGUAUAUCAGAGAAAGGAUAUUCUGCUCUAGCAUCAGCUCUGAAAUCAAACCCCACAUCGCCACUGAUGGAGCUAGAUCUAAGAGGGAAUGAUCCUGGAGAUAAAGGAGUAAAGCUGCUUACUGAUCUAAAAGAAGAAAAGAAGUACAACCUCAACAUACUAAGGCUGUUAAAAAGUUCUGCUGCAGAGAAACUCUGUGCUUCUCUGAGCAAAACUCUACAAACAAACCCUUUAUUGCUGACACAACUUGAUCUGAAUGGAAAAAUAAAAGGAGACUCAGAAGCGAAGCAGCUCUCUGAUCUACUGAAGGAUUUACACUGCAGAACUCAGACAGUCAAUCUGAAUAACUGCAGUAUUUCAGAGAAAGGCUGUGAAGCACUCUCAGCAGCUCUUUGUUCUAAUCCUUCUCAUCUGAUCGAGCUGGAUCUAAGUGAUAAUAACCUAGGAAACUCUGGAGUGAAGCAUAUUUGUGCACUACUGACCAGUCAGUACAGUAAACUGCAGAGACUUGGACUUUCAUAUUGCAGUGUAACAGGGGAGGGAUAUGAUGCUCUGACUUCAGCUCUGAAAUCACACUCCUCAUCACCCCUGAUAGAGCUGGAUCUCAGAGGAAACAAUCCUGAAAAUGCAGGAGAGGAUCUUAUCAGCUACUUCACUUGUGUCUCUAAGGGUACAAGGAAAACCCUAAGGCUUCUGAAAAGUGAUGAUGCAGAGGAAGCCUUCAACUGUUUAAAACAAAAUCUGCAGAAAAACCCUUUACUGCCAAUUGAGCUGAAUCUGAGUAAAACUGAACCACAGCAGAUUAAAGUGAAACCACUGUCUGCUCUGCUGGAGGAUCCACACUGCAAACUGAAGAAACUUAUAAUCUACAAAACAGGCAGCAUUACAGAGAGAGACUGUGAUGAUUUGAUUUCUGCUCUGGUUAAAAAUCCCUCACACCUGAAAGAGCUGGAUCUGAACAAGAACAAACUAGACAGAUCAGGACUCCAAAAGCUCUGUGAUCUACUGAAGAAUCCUCACUGUAGACUGGAGCAACUGAGUCUCAAUAGUUGCUGUAUCUCAGAGGAUGGAUAUGUUGCUCUGGCUUCAACUCUGGAAUCGAACCCCUCAUCACACCUGGUAGAGCUGGAUCUUAGAGACAAUGAUCCUGGAGACAAAGGAGUGAAGCUGCUCUCUGAUUUAGUAAAUAAUCCACACAGUAAAUUGAAGACAAUUAGGCUGCUGAACAGCUCUGCUGCAGAGGAUUUCUGUGCUUCUCUAACUAAAACUCUAGGAACAAACCCUUUACUGCUAACAGAACUGGAUCUGAGUGGGACAAUAACAGGAGACUCAGCAGUGAAGCAGCUCUCUGAUCUACUGAAGGAUUUACACUGCAGAACCAAGAAACUGAAGUUAAAUAACUGCAGUAUAACAGAGCGAAGAUGCGCUUCUCUAUCAGCAGCUCUUUGUUCUAAUCCUUCACACCUGAUAGAGCUGAAUCUGAGUGGGAAUAAAUUAGGAGACUCUGGAGUGAAAGAAAUAUCUCAUCUACUAAAAAACUCAAACAGCAAAAUUGAGCUGCUGAAUCUUUCAGACUGCAGUGUGUCAGAAGGAGGCUAUGCUGCUCUUGCUUCAGCUUUAAAAUCAAACACCUCAUCACAUCUGAUAGAGCUGGAUCUCAGAGGAAAUGACCCUGGAAACACAGGAGUGGAAUCUCUUCAUUAUUUCCUACAGGAUUCAAACUAUAAACUGAAGACACUGAGGUUGUUGAAGACUUUUGCUGCAGAGAAAGCCUGUGCUUCUCUUUCUUCAGCUCUAGGAAUGAAUCUCUUACUGCAGACAGAGCUGAACCUGCGCAGGAAUCCAGCAGGACUUUCAGGAGAUUCCAGAGUAAAACAACUGUGUGAUUUACUGCAGGACACACACUGUAAACUGAGGAGACUCCAAAUCAAUAAUGAUGAUCUAACAGAAGAAAGCUGUUCAGCUUUAGCCACAGUUCUCACCUCAUCCAGUCUGAGAGAACUGGACCUGAGUAACAACAACCUGCAGAACUCAGGAGUGAAAAAGCUCUGCGGAGCACUGAAGAAUCCUCUUUGUAAUCUGGAAACACUGAGUCUUUUAUCCUGCAGUGUAACAGAGGAAGGAUAUUUUGCUCUGGCUUCAGCUCUGAAAUCAAACCCCAAAUCACAACUGAAAAAGCUGGAUUUCAGUGGAAAUGACCCCGGAGACAAAGGAGUUGAACAGAUCACUUCUGUAUUCAUGAAUACAAAGAAAACUCUGAGGCUGCUGAAAAGUGAUGCUGCAGAGGAAGCCUGCUCUCGUCUUGAACAAAUUCUGGGAAAAAAACUUUUACUGCAGGAGGAGCUUGAUCUGAGCAACAUUGACCCAGAAAAGAUCUCAGUUAAUCAGCUGUCUGCUCUACUGGAGGAUCCUCACUGCAGACUGCAGAAACUCACGAUAUAUAAAAGAAGUAUUACAGAGAGAGAUUGUGCUGAAUUGAUUUCUGCUCUGCUCGUAAAUCCUUCACACCUGAGAGUUCUGGAUCUGAACAAGAAUAAGAUAGACGGAUCAGGAGUGCAAAAGCUCUCUGAUCUACUGAAGAAUCCUCACUGUAGAUUGGAGAAACUGUGUCUCAGUAGUUGCUGCAUCUCAGAAGAAGGAUAUGCUGCUCUUGCUUCAGCUCUGGAAUUGAACCCUUCCUCAAACCUGAUAGAGCUGGAUCUCGGAGACAAUGAUCCUGGAGAAACAGGAGUGAAGCUGCUCACUGAUUUACAAAAGAAUCCACACAGUAAAUUGAAGACAAUAAGGCUGCUGAACAGCUCUGCUGCAGAGGAUUUCUGUGCUUUUCUGACUGAAGCUCUAGGAACAAACCCUUUACUGCUGACAGAACUGAAUCUGAAUAAGAAAAUAACAGGAGAUUCAGCAGUGCAGCAGCUCUCUGAUCUACUGAAGGAUUUACACUGCAGAACUAAGAUACUGAAGUUAAAUGACUGCAGUAUUACAGAGCGAGGCUGUGCUGAUCUAUCAGCAGCUCUUUGUUCUCAUCCUUCACACCUGAUAGAGCUGAAUCUGAGUGGGAAUAAACUAGGGGACUCUGGAGUGAAAGAGAUAUCUUAUCUGCUACAGAACUCAAACAGCAAACUGAAGUUGCUGAAUCUCUCAGACUGCAGUGUAUCAGAAGAAGGCUAUGCUGCUCUGGCUUCAGCUUUACAAUUAAACACCUCAUCACAUCUGAUAGAGCUGGAUCUCAGAGGAAAUGACCCCGGAAACACAGGAGUGAAUUCUCUUUAUUAUUACCUACAGGAUCCAAAAUAUGAACUGAAGAAACUGAGGCUGUUGAAGACUGCUGCUGCAGAGGAAGCUUGGCUUUCUCUUUCUUCAGCUCUAGGACUGAAUCUCUUACUGCAGACAGAGCUGAACCUGAACAGGAGUCUAGCAAGACUUUCAGGAGAUUCCAGAGUGAAACAACUGUGUGCUUUACUGCAGGACUCACACUGCAAAAUGAGGAGACUCCAGAUCAACAGUGAUGAUCUAACAGAAGAAAGCUGUUCAGCUUUAGCCACAGUUCUCCCCUCAUCCAGUCUGAGAGAACUGGACCUGAGUAACAACAACCUGCAGAAUUCAGGAGUGAAAAAGCUCUGUGAAGCACUGAAGAAUCUGUUUUGUAAACUGGAAACACUGAGUCUUUCAUCCUGCAGUGUAACAGAGGAAGGAUAUGCUGCUCUGGCUUCUGCUCUAAAAGAAAACCCCAAAUCACACCUGACAAAGCUGAAUUUGAGUGGGAAUGACCCCGGAGACAAAGGAGUUGAGCUGAUUACUUCUGUAUUCAUGAAUUCAAAGAAAACUCUGAGGCUGCUGAAAAGUGAUGCUGCAGUGAAAGCCUGCACUCGUCUUAAACAAAUUCUGAAAAAAAAACCUUUACUGCAGAGGGAGCUUGAUCUGAGCAACAUUAAACCAGAAAAGAUUUCAGUUAAUCAGCUGUCUGCUCUACUGGAGGAUCCUCACUGCAGACUGCAGAAACUCACGAUAUUUAAAAAAUGUAUUACAGAGAGAGAUUGUGCUAAAUUGAUUUCUGCUUUGCUCGUAAAUCCGUCUCACCUGAGAGUUCUGGAUCUGAACAAGAAUAAGCUAGAUGGGUUAGGACUGCAAAAGCUCUCUGAUCUACUGAAGAAUCCUCACUCUAGACUGGAGAAAGUGAAUCUCAGUAGUUGCUGCAUCUCAGAGGAAGGAUAUGCUACUCUGGCUUCAGCUCUGCAAUCGAACUCUGCAUCAAACCUUGUAGAGCUGGAUCUCAGAGACAAUGAUCCUGGAGACACAGGAGUGAAGUUGCUCACUGAUUUACUAAAUAAUCCACACAGAAAAUUGAAGACAAUUAGACUGCUGAACAGCUCUGCUGCAGAGGAUUUCUGUGCUUCUCUGACUAAAGCUCUAGGAACAAACCCUUUACUGCUCACAGAGCUGAAUCUGAGUGAGAAAAUAACAGGAGACUCAGCAGUGCAGCAGCUCUCUGAUCUACUGAAGGAUUUACACUGCAGAACUAAGAUACUGAAGUUAAAUAACUGCAGUAUUACAGAGCGAGACUGUGCUUCUCUAUCAGCAGCUCUGUGUUCUAAACCUUCACACCUGAUAGAGCUGGAUCUGAGUGGGAAUGAACUAGGGGACUCUGGAGUGAAAGAGAUAUCUAAUCUGCUAAAGAACUCAAACAGCAAACUGAAGUUGCUGAAUCUCUCAGACUGCAGUGUAUCAGAAGAAGGCUAUGCUUCUCUGGCUUCAGCUUUAAAAUCAAACACCUCAUCACAUCUGAUAGAGCUGGAUCUCAGAGGAAAUGACCCUGGAAACAAAAAUGUGAUGAAUCUUUAUUAUUUACUACAGGAUCCAAACUAUAAACUGAAGACACUGAGGCUGUUGAAGACUCCUGCUGCAGAUGAAGCCUGGGCUUCUCUUUCUGCAGAUCUGGGACUGAAUGUCUUACUGCAGACAGAGCUGAACCUGAACAGGAAUCCAGCAGGACUUUCAGGAGAUUCCAGAGUGAAACAACUGUGUGAUUUACUACAGGACUCACACUGUAAACUGAGAAGACUCCAAAUCAAUAAUGAUGAUCUAAAAGAAGAAAGCUGUUCAGCUUUAGCCACAGUUCUAACAUCAUCCAGUCUGAGAGAACUGGACCUGAGUAACAACAACCUGCAGAAUUCAGGAGUGAAAAAGCUCUGUGAUGCCCUGAAGAAUCCUCUUUGUAAACUGGAAACACUGAGUCUUUCAUCCUGCAGUAUAACAGAGAAUGGAUAUAUUGCUCUGGCCUCAGCUCUCAAUCCCUCAUCUCCACUGAAAGAGCUGGAUCUCAGAGGGAAUGAUCCUGGAGAUACAGGAGUGAAAAUCAUGACAGACUUCUUACAGGAUACAACUUAUAAACUUAAACUGAGGCUGCUGAACAGCUCUGAUGCAGAGGAAAUCUGUACAUCUCUGACUAAAGAUCUGGGAGAAAACCCAUUACUGCUGAGAGAGCUGGAUCUGAGUGGAAAAAUACAAGGAGAUUCAGGCAUGAAGCAGCUUUCUGCUCUACUGGAGGAUUUUCUCUGCAGAAUCAACAAACUUAAGCUGAAUAACAACAACAUUGCAGAGGAAGGCUGUGCUGCUUUAUCAUCAGCUCUUUACUCCAACCCUUCACACCUGAUAGAUCUGGAUCUGAGUGAGAAUAAACUAGGAAGCUCUGGAGUGAAGCAGCUGUGUUCCUUUCUGAAUACAACAGACUGUAAACUGCAGCAGUUGAAACUCUCAUUCUGCAGUAUAACAGAAGAAGGAUAUGCUGCCCUGGCUUCAGCUAUAAAAUCAAACACAUCCUCUCUCCUAAAUGAGAUGGACCUCAGAGGAAAUGACCCGGGAGAAACAGGAGUGGAGCUGCUAAUUAAUUUGCAAAAUGAUGCAGCCAGUAAACUCAAGAAAAUAAGGCUUUUAAAAAACUCUGCUGCAGAGGAGGCAUUUACUUUUCUGACUGAAGUUCUGGGAAUAAACCCUUUACUGCUGACAGAACUGGAUCUGAGUGAGAAAAUACGAGGAGAUUCAGCAGUGAAGCAGCUCUCUGAUCUACUAGAGGAUUCUCACUGCAGAACCAAGAAACUUAAGCUGAAAAACAACAACAUUUCAGAGAAAGGCUGUGCUGCUCUAUCAACAGCCCUUUGUUCAAAUCCUUCACACCUGAUAGAGCUGGAUCUGAGUGAGAAUAAACUGUUGACUGCAGGAGUGAAGCAGUUCAGUGCUCUGUUGAAGAAUCCUCAAUGUCAACUUCAGAAACUCAAUCUUUCAGACUGUGGUGUAACGGGGGAAGGAUAUGCUGCUCUGGCUUCAGCGCUGAAAUCAAACUCCUCAUCACACCUGAUAGAUUUAGAUCUCAGAGGGAACGAUCCUGGAGAGACAGGAGUAAAGGAACUUUAUAAUUUGCUGGUCGAUCCACAGCAUAAAUUGAGCACACUGAGGCUAUUGGAAAGCUCUGCUGCAGAGAAUUUCUGUGCUUUUUUGACUGAAGCCCUAGGAACAAGCCCUUUACUACUGAGAGAGCUGGAUCUGAGUGAGAAAAUACGAGGAGACUCAGCAGUGAAGCAGCUCUCUGCUCUACUGAAAGAUUCACACUGCAGAACUAAGAUACUUAGACUGAAAAACAGUGAUAUUUUAGAGAAAGGCUGUGCUGCUCUAUCAUCAGCACUUUGUUCUAAUCCUUCACACCUGAUAGAGCUGGAUCUAAGUGAGAAUAAACUGGGCAAUUCUGGUCUGAAGGAGCUUCAUGAUCUAGUGAACAAUCAGUACUGUACACUGCAAAAACUGAGACUUUCAUGCUGCAGUAUAACAGAAGAAGGAUAUGUUGCUCUGGCUUCAGCUUUGAAAUCAAACCCCUUCUCACUCCUGACUGAGUUGGAUCUCAGAGGAAAUGAUCCUGGAGAAACAGGAGUUCAGCUGCUCACUGAUCUAAAAAAUGAUCCAAGAAAUAACCUGAAACGCAUUUUCUUCUUUGAUUAGAUUGAAUAAUUCUUCACUAGAUACGCCUAGUGAAUAAUUACGCUAGAACAGCUGCUGAGAAAAAAAGGAACCAAAAACAAACAGUACAGUGAAAAUCAGAAAAAGGACCGUAAGAGGAAGAGGAAGAUGAAGCU